GAAGCCGCCCGGACUGCCGGAAGUCGCCACGGUCGCCGGAAGCGGAGUGCGGUGCGGCGGAGGCCCGCAAGAGUUCUUCUGACCACGACCCCUUGCGUGUGGGCUGACUCGGAGAGCGCUCGCGUCCUGCGGGAUCCAGCAUGGGCCUCCUCAGCGGGGCGGCCCGCAUCGUGGUGCGGGGCGCCGACCGCAUGAGUAGGUGGACCAGCAAGCGGGGCCCACGCACCUUCCAUAAGAGCCGCGGUGCCAAGGGCACCGGCGUCCACGUCCGCGACGGGAAGUUCGUGCAGGUCAAGGAAAUGGUCCCGGAGCUGGUGGUGCCCGAGCUGGCCGGCUUCAAGCUCAAGCCCUACGUGAACUACCGCGUCCCGGCGGGCACGGACGAGCCGCUGACGGCGGAACAGCUGUUCCAGGAGGCAGUGGCACCUGCUAUCGAGAAGGACUUCAGGGACGGCACUUUCGACCCGGAGCAGCUGGACAAGUACGGCUUUGAACCCACGCAGGAAGGCAAGCUCUUCCAGCUCUACCCCAAGAACUUCCCGCGCUAGGAGCUGAGGAGUGGCGGCCGCCCGGUGUGCCCAUGGACCGUGUCUGGCCAUCGUCCCCGACCACUGGUCCCAGGGUGGGCAAGUGGGAAAGCAUUUCCUUCGUUUUGUUCCUAUUAAAGGCCUUGGGUACCGUCUGGUGUUGCUUUGGCAUCCGAUCAUUGUGAGAUGAAAGGGUGCAGCAUGACAGACCCGGGUGUAGCGACCGAGGCAGAGCUCGCAACAGUGGCCCCGUUCCCUGUGAAAUUGGAAGCAGUGUCUUCCCAACCAAAAGGUUCUGGAGAGGUAGGCCCGGGGCGAGAACACAUGGAAGAAGUAAAACUCACAAGACACAUGGUGCCACGCGACACCCGUUACUCCGGAAGCCAGGGAGCAUGUUCUCUGUGGGUUCAAAAACAGCUAUUCGGGGGGCCUAUCUCCAGUAAUCUGCAGUCUCUCCUCUGGGUUCCCCGGUUUCAGGGCACAGUCCCUGGAGUCUAAUGUAUCCUGCUUCAUAUUUAAUUGACCCUUAAGUAACCAUUAACACAAACCCUUAAGGAGGAUUCAAAUUCUUGUAUUGAAAUAAAUGCACCAUUAGCUGGGAACUGA